CAUGGAAUACUUAAUAUAUGGAAAAAUUGUACCUUAAUGUUAAUAAUUUAGAAAUCCUGUAAUCGACUAAAUAAUGCUAUUAAAUUAAAAUUUAAAAAAAAGGACAAGUAAAUGAACCGAAGACCAAGAUGUACUCACCUAAAUUCUUCAAAUUACGACAAAGAUCGCUCUACAAUUUACUCUUUAUUAUCUUCAAUGAAUGAGGUAACAAUAUUUUUAAUCCUAGAGGCUCAUUUAUGAAACAAAGAAGAUUUUAAUUAAAAUAGAAAAAUAUGAGAGAGUCAUUAAUUUUUUCAAAAAUUUUGUAAGAAACCAUUUUUAGAGAAAAAUAUUAAUCACAAGAUAAGAGGGGUCACAUAAUUUUUUUAAUCCUAAUUUAAAAAGGGAAAAAUAAGUAUAAAAUAACUCAAUAAAUAGGGUGGCCAUUCAAUUAGUGCCUGGACAGAAAUACUUUAGCUUCGGUUAGGAAGGAUAAAUAAGGGAUUAGAUGAUAAAAAAUUUAAAUUAGAAGAACAUAGUGGAACUGUUUAGUUAUAUGCUUCUCUAUCCUAAUUGUACUACAUUAGCAUCAAGUAAUGA